AAAUUACACUAUUAGUCAUUAAACUAUGGGUAAGUUUAAUUUUGGUUAGUUAAUUAAAAAAGUUACAAUUUAAUCUUUGAACUAUUUGAAAGUUUUCAUUUAAGUUAUUAAAUUAUUCAAAGUUUUUUAUUUAAGUCAUUGAGUUGUUGAGUUUUUCUUUUUUUAAUCACCAGUGAGCUCCAAGCGAUUAUUCGAUGGCCAGUAUGGUAGAUCAAUAUCCAUCGAUGAGUAAGAGAAUAUAUUUUAGAUCUAAGUUUCAUAAAAAAAAUGUGAAAUAUAGAAGAGAAAAGGUCAGAAAGCUUUUAAUCGGUGCAGGUAAUGGGAUAAAAUUGAUUUUAAUAUUAAAUACAAAUUUUUUGAAUAGUUCAAUAAUCAAAUUGUUGUUUUAUGCCAUAAUUAAUUAUACUAGGAAACUUGGCACGUCAUGUUAGCAUAAAAUCUCAAAGCUGAUUUUACUUUUUUUUUUUUUUUUAAACAGAGUUAGCAUAAGCAAAGCUUUCAUCUAACAUCCAUAUUAAAACACAAAACAAAAUGGGAAGUUGGAAAAUCCUUGUCUGAAUAACUCAAUUAUUCCAUUUAAACUAUCACAUAUGUUGCAUAUUCAAAACUAAAAAUUUUGUUGUUGCCAUUUCCCUAUCCCUUUUACAAUCUAUCAUUAUAAUAUUAUUAAUUGUGAAACAGUUGAGUAGUCAUUAUCACUAGGUGAGUUGACUUCAAUAACUGCAAGCUCUCACACACCCACCAAUUUAAUUAAUUUUAAAUGGAAAUCAUUUGUUUGGUAGGUGAUUAAAUCGAGUUUAAGAUGUUUCUGUAUUUGACGAAUAUCGGCAGUUAGAAGAUUGUGCUCAGAAUAUGUCUGAAAAAAGUUCCAAGUCAUACUCACACAUAUAUACAACAAAACCAGUAGUUGAGGCUGUCGUAAACAAUUCUUGUUUGUUGGGGGAAUAGAUAUAAACCCAUAGGAGUAUCAUUGUUUACAGACAGAAGGAGUACUACCUCUUGAUAUUGCACAAUGAUGUUCUACAAAUUUGCCUACCCUCUGCCAAUGGUUGCUUUCUUUGCUAUAAUCAUUUCUCAAGCAGGAGCAUAUGAUCCGUUAGAUCCUAACGGAAAUAUAACAAUUAAAUGGGACGUUAUGUCCUGGACUCCGGAUGGUUACGUUGCAGUUGUAACAAUGACCAACUUCCAAAUGUAUCGGCACAUAAUGAGCCCCGGCUGGACCCUAGGCUGGGUUUGGGCUAAGAAAGAAGUGAUCUGGUCAAUGGUGGGAGCCCAAGCCACUGAACAAGGAGAUUGUUCAAAGUUCAAAGGAAACGUCCCACACUGCUGUAAGAAAAACCCCACGGUCGUGGACUUGCUCCCCGGCGUCCCAUAUAACCAACAGAUAGCCAAUUGUUGCAAAGGUGGCGUCGUGUCGUCAUGGGGCCAAGACUCCUCCACCGCGGUUUCGUCCUUUCAGGUGAGUGUUGGCCGUGCCGGGACUUCCAAUAAAACAGUGAACCUGCCGUUGAACUUCACUUUGCUUGGUCCUGGUCUGGGUUACACAUGCAGCGGAGCUAAAAAGGUGCCGUCCACUGUUUUCCUCACCCCUGAUGGUCGACGAAAAACUCAAGCAUUGAUGACAUGGAAUGUGACAUGCACGUAUAAUCAGAUUCUGGCAUCACGAUAUCCGAGUUGUUGUGUCUCGAUGUCUUCAUUUUACAACUCCACAAUCACACCUUGUCCAUCAUGUUCUUGUGGCUGUCAAAACAACAAUAAUUGCAUCUCGGGUGAUGCAGAGAUAGAAAGUGUAGUUGGCAAGAACAGAACAAGGAGUAGAAAUUCGAAUGCGAUGAUAAGGUGUACCAACCAUAUGUGCCCCAUCCGAGUGCAUUGGCAUGUGAAGCUGAAUUACAAGGAGUAUUGGCGAGUGAAGAUGACGGUCACUAAUUUCAACUACGCCAUGAACUACACGCAGUGGACACUUGUGGCUCAACAUCCUAACCUCGACAACAUCACCCAAGUUUUCAGUUUCGAAUAUAAACCCCUCCUUCCUUACAAAUACACAAAUGACACUGGUAUGUUCUAUGGCUUGAAGUUCUACAAUGACGUAUUAAAGGAAGCCGGAGCUGAUGGAAACGUCCAAUCAGAAUUGAUUCUUAGGAAAGACAUGAGUACAUUCACGUUCAAGCAAGGUUGGGCUUUCCCUAGGAAAAUAUACUUCAAUGGCGAUGAAUGCGCCAUGCCAGGUCCAGAGGAAUAUCCUUAUCUACCAAACUCUGCAAAUUCAAAGCUAUCGACAAUGGCUUCCUUUUUGCUUUUGGUUUUCGCUAAUCUUUUGGGGAUGAUUUGAAGUGAGUGAGUGAAUGAAAGCAGGGAAAAGAUGAAAGAAACCAAACCUUUAAGAAAGUAAGCCAUUGACAGGCAGCCAUGUGGAUGAAGUUGAAGCGGUAGGGGGUAGAUGAAAAAAAGUGUGACAUGAAUGAUUUUGCAGAGAAAGCCAAUAAUGAAUCUGGGUUUUUCCAAGGUUUUAUCAUUAGUGGCUCGGGCCGGGUUUCAGUCUGGAUUUUUAGUUAAGCUGGUCCAAAUUAAAGGUUGAUCCGUAAAUAUGUUUUAUUUAAAAAUAAUAAAAUAUAGUGAAAUUUUAUUUUUA